UGUCUCUGUGUGCACUGAGUGGACUUUGUGUACUCUUGGAUCUUAGUAGAUUUACUCCGUGAUUGUUUGGUGGAUUUUCUCGUGAAAAUAUUUAUAUUUUUCUUCAGCUAAUUCUUUGUACGUACAACACUUUAUGUGAUAAUAUUGCACAUUCAUCCAGCUUUAUACACUAAAAGAGAUGGGUUCGGUUUGCUCCCACAUGCUCCGAUCCCGCUGCUGUAAAUAUAGCUCCGUACCCUGCAUUUACCAGUCAACUCUCCGUAUACACACAACCCUUCCAGUAUGUUAACCUGGAGACUCUCUACUCCGGAAGAUAAGAGAAUAAAUGACGUAACUAGGAGAAGGGAAACUGCUAGGAUAUAGUUCUAAUAGGUUGAGAAUGAGAAAACUAGGAUCCGUGAACGUGUUAAUAUUCCUCCUGGUGAUGGAGUCCGUCUGGGGGUCUUCUCCUCCUAGGAUUCUUUUUCUCACAGUGCUCCAGGACGGAGAAACAUCACAAGUUUAUACUAAUCAAUCCUUUCAAUACUCACCCAGUUCCUUCCAGAACCUGGAGAUUAGCUGUGAAACCGAGGAGACGGAGGAACCCGUCAACUAUUUCUGGAAUCUAAUGGAUAUUCCUCUCUCCAAGGCGGAUACAGAUUUUGAAAUUAUUAACGGAACUCUGCGUUUCCUUCAAUCUAACUAUGGGAUGUUUGAGUGUUUUGCAUCUACUAGUUUAGGAACUAGCUAUUCAGCUGUAGUCUUAACAAAGCAUGAAUUGGAUACUCAAUCUUCUCUGAAACUUGUUCAAGGACCUGAGCCCCUCAAAGUAUCAAGUGCAUCUUCUCUCCGGUUUCUAUGUGAGGCAGAGAGUGAAGGAGACCUGGAGUUCUCCUGGACAUUUAAUACUAAGGCUGUGAAAACUGCGAGGUCGGACUGGAAAAUUGAACGGUUAUCCCGGAGUACAGAGAGUUUGUAUAUAAGUGAAGUUUCUCCGUCUGAUAUUGGAACUGUGGGAUGUUUGGUUUCCUCAAACUCACAUAAACUCUACCAGGAAGGUAGUAUAGAGAUAAUAGAGGAGACGGAACUUAGGAUGAUCGCUCCGAUAGUACGUCUCAGCACUGAGAACCAGGUUCAGGUUCUAGAAGGAGAAAGCAUAAGUUUAAACUGUGAAGUGAAAGGUUCUCCAGUCCCUGACAUACACUGGAAACAUCAGAACAAAAUAUACAUGGAUAAACAAUUCUCAUUAGAAAACGUAUCCCGAGAAAGUUCAGGAGACGUGAUAUGUUCGGGACAUAAUUUGGCUGGGCGGAUGACAGAUUCUGUUGAGGUUCAAGUAUUCUCUCACACCACUGUAGACGACAAUAAAGAAGAAAUUCUGGAAUUUCUUAUUGACGGCGAGGUGCGAUUGGAAUGUAAUUACAAUGUUGAUGAAAAGUGGAGAGAAGAAAUUCAAGUAGUCUGGGAAAAGAAUGGAAAACCUCUCUCUGCGGAGAAUAUUACAGUUGAAUCAACCGUAGGAAAAUCAAUUCUUCACUUCACCAUGAUAUCGGAGUCGGACCGUGGAAACUAUUCCUGUUUAGUUGAAACUCCUUUGGAUAAAGUUUCCAAGAUCUGGGAAGUUAGGUUAGUUUCUUCUCCAGAUAUUCUUCAUUUCGAGUCGGAUAAGAUUGUCUUACAAGGAACCCUGACCACUAUUCAGUGCCAAACCACAGGUAUCCCUGCUCCCAAAGUCUCCUGGUUCCUGAACGGAACCCUACUUGAAGAGACAUCUAGCGUUCACUUUCUUGACUCCGGCAGUAUACGCCUAGAUAGUUUAGAUCUCAGUCAGGAGGGAGAGUAUCGAUGUGUGGCAACUAAUAAGUUUGGAAGCGAGGAGAGAAGUUUAAAUCUUGCUGUGGCCCGUCCUACAUCACCAAUCAUAGAUAUUGAAUCCGGUCUACUGGAGAUGCAGGCUGGGAGCGGUUUAGAUCUGAUCUGCUCGGGGAACAUAGAUCCUCUGCUGAAGAGUUCGGCAAGGUACUCCUGGAACAAGGACGGGACGGAUAUUCCUGCUGACUGGAUAUCUGGUAGCUCAAGUUUAAAUAUCCCGUAUCUUCUCAAGGAACAUUCAGGACUUUACUCCUGUCAGAUCCGAACCCUAUUGGAUCAGAUCAGGAUAGAAACCGAAGUUAGGAUUAAAACUGCAGGACCAAGAAUCAUCACACCGGAGAUCUCAACGCUGGGAGAAAUAUCCGGAGGCAAAGUGAGUAUUGAAUGCUCUGCUACGGGUAUACCUGCUCCGACCCUGGUCUUCAAGUUUAAAGAUGAUGAAUACUCAGGACGGAUCAUCUCCAGCUCCAUCAACCAGACUCAGAGCGUCCUGGAGUUAAAUAAUCUGAGUGAGAAGGAUGAAGGAGAGUACUUGUGUUUAGCUGUAAACGAAUACGGGAAUAGUCAGGAAGGAAUACGACUAGAAGUGUUCUCUAGAACUAUUAUACUAUCUGGUCCUAGUGAUAUAGUUCAUAAAUCUGGAGAAUCUACAACUAUACCUUGCAAGGUAGAGGUGGAUAAGGGAUUGCGCCCAUCCAUGAAGAUAACUUGGUUCAGGAACCAGUCUCCGCUCAACAGUUCUCCGAGUACCAUCAUCACUAGGGAUAGUUUAACCCUGACAAAUCUAACCAAGGACGACGAAGGAAUAUAUUCCUGUAUUGCUGAGACAAGGAAGGAUAAAACAUCUCUGUCCGGACGACUCACAGUUCUAUCUGAAGCUCCAACCUUCUCGUCAACUCCGCGGGAUAUACGGAUCCUAGAGGGUCGGGAUACAGAACUGGAUUGUCAGGCCAAUGGAAUACCGGAGCCAAGUGUAUCCUGGACGUUUGAGGACGGGAGUUUGCGGAGUAACAAAGGAGUGCUGCGCCUUUCCUCUGUAUCCCCGGAGAAGGAAGGAAACUAUAUCUGUACAGCGGAGAAUAUAUACGGUAGUGUAAGUGAGACUGUUAAUCUCCAGGUUAUCAAGGGAGCUAGGAAAGAAAAUCAGAAUCUGAUUCCAGACAUUGUAAAGAAUAUUAAAGAUACAAUCAGCUUGCCUUGUGAUUUCAAGGUUGAUCAGCGAGUUGAGGAGGAAACUAAAGUUAUCUGGACCAAGGAUAUGAACCCCAUCCCUACAGACAGCUCCAAGUACAGAAUAGGACAGAGUCGAGCUCUAGAGAUAAAAAAUAUCCAGCUAGAAGACGCGGGACAGUACACCUGUAAGGUGAUUACUCCAUUGCAGGAGGUACAGUCCAAGAUAUCUCUGAUUGUUAGCGGAGAAUCUCCUGAGAUUCUGAACUCCUUCGACAAGGUUUCUAUCCACGAGGGAGACACCUUGUCCCUUAGCUGUGUGGCUAGAGGUGUACCAGGACCUAGUAUCGAAUGGUUGGUUAAAGACCGGCCUGUAUCCAGUCAAUACUUGACAAACAUCCAGACUGCUAACUCCGAGUUUAAAGAAACAAGGGUUAUUAUUAAAGAAGCAACCAAGAACCAGGAGGGAGUUUAUCAAUGUGUUGCGAAGAAUAAUGUUGGAACUGUUGUUAAAAACUCUCAUGUCCGUGUUGUGAAAAGGACCAAGGUGAGUAUUAUAUCCGGAGAGGAAGGAAGAGCAGAUAUUACAGUUCCGGCAGGACAGAAGCUGAAACUACCGUGUAGGGUUGAGAACGACGAGAUGAACAGGAUCACGAGGAUCCUCUGGUCCAAGGACGACAAGAACAUCCAGGUCGGAGGAGAGGACAUUAUAGAUUUCGGUAUGGACGGAUCAAUCACUAUUUUUAAUGUACAGAAAAGGAACGAGGGUGUAUAUCGUUGCACUGUGACCACGGUUAGGGAUGAAGCAAGUGCGGAGAUUCCUCUCAAGGUUCUCGUCAACGCCCCUGUGAUCACUAAAUACAGCAAAAACCAGAUGAUAUUUAGCGGAACCUCAACCAUACUGGAGUGUAUUGGAACAGGUAUACCGGAGCCGGAGACAAGAUGGACGUUUAACAAAACCAUUACCAAGGUAAUUGGUCCUACUUUCGACAUAAAGAAUGCAAUUUCCGCAGACUCUGGAUUUUAUACAUGCACAGCGAGAAAUUCCAUCGGAGAAACUCAGAGAACUAUUGUUGUGAGCGUAGUAACUGUACCUUCAGCUCAGGAGAUAUAUCAAGCUAAACUAGGUUCCAAGAUCAAGCUCCCUUGUGUCAGAGAACAAAAUAAGGUUAAGGUUUUGUGGCUCAAGGAUAACAAUCCCCUGGAGAGUCUGAGUGAGGGUAUUGAGCUGGAUGAUCAGGGAUACAUGGUGUUUAGUAACCUAUCCCAUGUGGAUGAAGGAGAGUACAGGUGUAGGGUUGCAAUAGAGACAGGACGGAUAGAGAGAGUGAUGAAGGUUUCUAUAAUGCCGGAUAUUGUAACCAUAGAUAACAGUAAACUCGAGGUUAAAGAAGGAGAUAAUUUCACUCUCAAAUGUGACGUGUUACCAGGUAGACGAUAA